AAAUUACCAAUUGAACCAAAUCCUUAAACAAAUCAAAUUUAAUUACAACUCAACAACUUUCACUUCCAUGGCAGUCCUCAAGCUAACUACUACAGCAGCUUCAUUCUACGGCACCAAACCCUACAACUGGGCCCGCCCAAUCACCACCACCACCUCCGCCGUAACAACCACCGCCGCCUCCAACACUCCCACUUCACUCUCAUUAGUACAAAAAUCCUCCAAAAAUAGCAACGCUACAAUAACAACUAAUUGGCGCACGAUAACACCCUGCGCACACCUCUCUUAUAAUAGCAAACCCACCACUCCCAAUUUAUUAUUUUUAGGGUUUUUUUCUUUUCGUGGCCAUAACCGUUUCUCUUCUAAUUCUUCUUCGUCGUCAUCAUUUUCUUCCUCUGAUAAAUUAUCCGGAUCCGAUUCGCCUUCCUCCGGGUCGGGUCUUGUUGCCGAUAUGGGCUCCGAGAACAAGAUUCAUGACGCUGAUUGGUACCAGAGCAACGAUAAUGAUAAAAAUAAUAACAAUAGUCAUUUAAAUGGGCAAAAAUGUCCACCUCAUAAACAAGAUUCUUCCUCUAAAUUUCUUACAUUGCCUACUAUUCUAACCCUAGGUCGGGUCGCCGCCGUGCCGCUUCUAAUUUGCACUUUUUAUCUGGAUAGUUGGUGGGGGAGAACUGCUACAACAAGUAUCUUUAUUGUUGCAGCAAUAACUGAUUGGCUCGAUGGAUACCUUGCUCGAAAGAUGAGGCUAGGCUCUGCUUUUGGUGCAUUUUUGGAUCCAGUGGCUGAUAAACUUAUGGUUGCUGCUACCUUGGUCUUGUUGUGUACCAAACCUUUGGAAGUUGCAAUCUUCGGACAAGUGCCAUGGCUACUCACUAUACCUGCAAUUGCUAUAAUUGGUCGGGAGAUAACCAUGUCGGCAGUUAGAGAAUGGGCUGCAUCACAGAAUACUAAACUAUUAGAGGCUGUUGCUGUAAAUAACUUAGGGAAGUGGAAAACUGCGACGCAGAUGAUUGCGCUAAUCAUCCUCUUAGCUGCCAGAGACAGCAGUCUCGGAGGGCCACAAAUUUUUGUUGCUUCUGGUGUUGCAUUGCUUUAUAUCUCAGCAGGACUUUCUGUAUGGUCAUUAGCUGUAUAUAUGAGUAAGAUAUGGAGAGUGUUGCUUAAGUAGAGUGCUCGACUCGCUGGGUGCAUUUUCUCCAUGCCAAGGAUAAGGAUGCGUCGGUGUAGGGCCAUUUUGCUUCACAGAUUUCCUGUUUGGCGACUAUUCUCGUAGAAGAGAGGUUGAGAUGGUUUCGGAAGCUGUUCUCUAAUCGGAGAAAUCCACAUAUUUAGGUUUCUUGUAGCCAGAAUUUAUAUUGGCGGAGGCUAUAUAUCAGGCCUGGCCGGGCCAAUUUGAUUAUGUUAGCAUGUAGCUGACCGGACAAAAAGUCUCCCUUUCCAAUUUUUUUAGUAAGAGCCAAUGGUCUUAUAGGGCAUAUUUUACAGCUACAUGUAUUAUUAGUGAUUUAGUUACUGAUGGAGGUACAGAAAAUAUCAUUAUUUAGUCAAAUAUGUACACAAAAUAAAGAAUUAAACUUUAAUAUUUUGCAGUUAUAAGCUUUUACAAGA